CGAGUCAGGCGCCACGUUGCUGGCCUUGGUCACAUGUUUGCAGCAAUAGUCGGCUUUUUUACGGCGGGGAGGGAAGUCAGCUGAUAGCCCCGUGACUGACAGUCAGCCCGGAAGAAGAGAGUACCGGGGAAGUGUGUGGGGUGACAUUACGGUUCUGGGAUAAAAUGUUCGGGCCGGACGAGGACGAUGCAGACUUCCUGUCACCCACAGGGGGGGCGAAACUGGCUUCUCUAUUCGGAAUGGAUCAGACUGGUUCUGCGCAGGGAAAUGAAUCCUUUCAGUACACGGCACCUAAACAGCCUAAGAAGCCUGGGUCAGCAGGUGUGAAGUCUUCCAAGCCCUCUGGAACACCUCCUGCAGGCCCUGUACCCUCUGUCCUUUUUGCCACAGCAGUGCAUGCUUAUAAAUAUGUGAAUGGCCAGUAUGUCAAACAAGGCAAGUUUGGAGCUGCUGUUUUGGGAAACCACACUGCUAAAGAGUACAGAAUCCUUCUCUACAUCAGCCAACAGCAGCCGGUUGCCUCUGUGAGGGUCCAUCCUGAAUUUUUGUUUGCAGUCCAGCUCAAUAACUAUGCUGCCUUUUAUGAUGAUCAGAGACAGAGUUGGUCUGUUAUGUUCGAAUCCGAAGCAUCAGCAGUGGAUUUCAGCAAACAGGUUUGCAUUGCCAAGUGUAGCAGCGCUUCCUCUCUGGAUGCUGUGGUAUCCCAGGAUCUGACACCUGGCGAAGGGCAAGCAGCUGAUACGGGCGAUCUAUUGGAAGUUGCCUACACAGGGUGGCUGUUUCAGAACCAUGGCAUUGGCCAGAUGUUUGACUCCAACUUACAGAAGGACAAACUAUUGCGGCUCAAACUCGGAUCUGGAAAAGUCAUCAAAGGCUGGGAAGAGGGGAUGCUGGGAAUGAAGAAAGGCGGGAGGAGGUUUCUGGUGAUUCCGCCAGCUCUUGCUUAUGGCUCUCAGGGACUGUCGGGCCGAAUUCCUCCAAAUGCCACCCUGGUCUUUGAGGUGGAAGUAAAAAGAAUGAAGCAGAAGGAUGCAGGAACUGAUCGACAGAGCGUUGGCUCCCGUGACUCCCCCGUAUCAAUUACAGAAAGUAUUCCUGUGGAGACCCUUUCUCAGCCACCAACCUCUGUGCCACCCAAACCUGGGGAACCAGCAGUUCGAGCCAAGUCCAACUCCAUCAGCGAACAGCUAGCUAACCCCGACAUGGCGAAGGCAAAACUUAUCUCCAGGAUGGCAAAGAUGGGUCAGCCCAUGUUACCUUUUAUUACUGGCAGCACUACCCCUCAACUGGAUUCCAGCGACUCUGAAAUUGAGGAUUCACAUAUUCAGAGGAUUUCUCCACAUCCUGCUGCCCCUCUGCUUGUCCGGCCCACCCCACAGAUCAGCCAGACUCCUGCUACAGCUCACACCCCUGCUCCAGUCCCUCAGCAACAACCAUUGUCCGGUCUGCCAUCCUCGUCAGCUGCUCUGUUACCUGUAGCACCCAUCACCUCUCAGGCCUUCCCUCCUGGCCAGGCACAUGGCUUUCAGCCAUACUCUGGAAUCCAGUAUGCAUACACGCAGAACCCCACCACCGGAACCCAGCUUCAGCCAGUUGGGCAUGUCUACCCUGCCCCUGUGCAGCAGCCAGCUCCAUAUCAAGCCUCAGGUGACGUCACCACCUUCUUGAUGACAGAAGCCCGACAGCAGAACACAGAGAUCCGCAUGGCCAUAAGCAAAGUUGUCGACAAGAUUGACAACUUGGCCUCUAAAGUGGAUGGUCUGCAGAAGGAGAGCUCAACUGGAGCUUCCCAUCUCCUCCCUGGAAUUUCAUCCAUCACUAUGGAGAGCGCCAUGAUUAUGAACAACAUUCAACGCAUCAUCAAGGAAAAUGAGCGGCUUAAGCAGGAGGUUCUGGACAAAAGCAGUCGCAUAGAGGAGCAAAAUGUAAAGAUUGGGGAACUUCUAACUCGUAACCAAAGGUAUGUAGAGCAAAGCAACAUGUUAAUGGAGCAGAGAAAUUACUCUUUAAAGACAUCAACUGAGAGCACACAAGCCAGACUACUGACUGCUAUGCAGGAAAAGCAUGCUUUGCACAUAGAUGAGGGCACAUACCAGGCCAAGGUGGCAGAGGAGUUGUCAGCUGCGACUGGCCAAGUAUCCCGUCUGCAGCUGGAGGUCACAGCUUAUCAGAAGAGGGAGAUGGAGCAGCGGACACAGCUAGUGGCGGCCCAGCAGGAGGCAGAGAAGUGUCAGGCUGAGCUCUCCUCUCUACGGGCACAGCUCAUAGAGGUGAAAGAAACAUCAGAGCAGACCAAGAGCCAAGCCAAAAAUGAGAAGGAGAGCCGGCGGAACCUGGAGCUGCGACUUGCGGCUCUUGAAGAUGAGAUCUCUGACUUGAAGGUGGAGAAGAAAAACUUGGAAAAGGGCCUAGCAGAGCGGAAGAAGAAGUCUCAGCAGGAGCGGCAGCAAGCAGAAGAAGAGCAGGAAGAGUUGCGGAAAAGUUUUCAAGAAGAGACUGAAAACUUAAGGCAGCUGCUGAAAAAAGCUCGAGAGCAGGCAGCUGCAAAGCAGCUAUUAUCUUCCCGUGAUCGUGAUGAGCAAAGACUCUUGGAGCUUGAAGAACAGGCCACACAACUACAGCCACUGAAAGAGAAGUGUGCACUUCUCCAGAGCCAGAUCACAUCUCUCAAUGAGAAGCUUAGAGAAUCUCGUGCAAAAGAAAAUGACAUUGAUCUGGCAAAAGAACAUGCAGAAGAGAUGGUGUCUCGGCUCCAGGAGAAAGUAGUUCAGCUCCAGCCUCUGAGACAGCAGUGCGCCCAGCUCCAGGCUCAGGUCGUUACCCUAACAGAGCAACUUGAAGACACGCAGACGAGGGAUGGUGAUAGAAAUCUGGCUACGGACCCCACAGGAGAGGUGAAGAAGAUUAUGAAUGGAGUCUUUCAGUCUCUCAGAAAAGAGUUUGAUCUGGAGGAGAUGUACAGUGGGCGAGUUGUGUUGGGCACCAUUAUGAAUACUAUAAAGGUAACAACACUACAGCUAAUAAGUAAGCCACAGAAUGAGGAGACAGUAGCAGCAAGCAGCAGUGGUGAGGAGGAGGAGGAGGAAGAUGAAAGUGCAGAAACUGAAGUUGUAGAUCAGCCUGCACUACAGAGGGAACAAGUACUAAAUCAAGGUGAGGUGCAUGCAGAUGUCGAGGAAAACCAAACUUCCACUUCGGAGCAAGUCCCCGGUGUUCUAGAGGAGAAUCACAAAGAGGUUAAGGAGCCAACAGAAAUCGUACGCAAUCAGGAAACGGGUUCUACAUCCACAGAGCUACAGGAAGCAGGUGAAAAUGUACCUGUCAAGGUCAUCCAGGAAGAUCUGGACACUCCAUCAGCUCUUGUUCACAUGAUAUCUAGUGAUACGCCUGAAUCAAGCAUGGUGGAGGACAUUGUAACAUUGGCUGAAAAAGAUGUUCUACAAGAGCAACCUCCCCCAAGCUCCAGUGCUCAAUCCUCCACAUUUCCCAAUAAGAAUAUUAUUGAGAAUGAGGUGUCGCAGCAAUCAAAUGACAUUACAGCUACAGAGGAGAAGCAAAGGGUUCCGCCACCUUUAAGAAAUGAUGAUGAUAGCAGCCCAGUCCCGCCUAAAGAGGAGACCCCUACUCUUGGAUUAACUGGAAUCCAUGUAACUCCUAGUCCUGUUAAGCCAGAGGGGAGGACAGACCUCAGUCUAGAAGAGUCUGAUGAUGAAGAUUUGUUUAAAGAAUCCCCUCCAAAACAGAAGACAAAGCAAGAAGAGGACGAGGAGGAGGAACUGAGUAUGAAGGGUUGUCCGCCUCCAGCUCCUCUCUUUGGCGACGAUGAUGACGAAGAAGAUGACUUGGAUUGGUUAGGAUAAGAAUGACAUGGGUGUCCAUCUUGGAGACGACACUUCUAGACUGAACCUCAAUACCUAAGCACAGAAGUUUGCGGCAAACCGUAGUAUGGACAGAGUGGGUCCUAAUGUGCCCUCUGCCCUCUGGAACCUGCAAAGCCAUCUCCGUGUUGCUUUGACCGUGCUAGAGCCAAGAAUGCAAAGCCAAUUUCUGUCUUAUGUACUCAUUGUAGUGACCAUCCUGGAAACUGGAUUAAACUACUGGAUAUUUGCAAAGGCCAAUGUGAAGACCCAUGAUGCUUUGCAGAAGGCUAUUGCAGUGCCAAGCUACUGGAAAACCCUUGGCACGUUGCAGGAAGGACAAAGUGGCUCAUAAUGUUCUGCUAAAAAAGAUGGCCAGACGGAACCGAAAAUGCACUGCAGUGGUUAGGUGGGGACUCUUAAUGCAUUGCAGAAGCUUCUUCUAAAGUGCAAUGUGUGGCUGGAAGCAGGCCUUGGCAGCAACGCAGCAGAGAAAAUGGUUCCUCUUUUUGUGUCCGGUUUGGUGCCAUCCAAUCUCAGCAUCAAUCAAUAUUGGCAAUUACUGUUUCUGAUCAUAUCUGUAUUACUAUUAUCUACUAAUUCCUCUUUUUAAUAGCCAGAAGCACAUUAUGCUGAAUAAAAAAAACUUAACAUGA